AAAGGAAGACGUUCUUGGCUUCGGGUUGAGAGGAAGCGCUGUUAUAGUUUGGAUGCAGGUAGAGUCCGUGGUGAGUGGGUCUAAGUACACGGAGCUGCGGGGUCAGCAUUGCCCCCUAGUGGCGAUCUUGCAAACAACAGGCAGAGCCACCGGGUCGGCGAGGAGGGCGGCCGCUGUCAAGUCGCCUGCAGCUCAGCAUCUGUCUGUCUGUCUGUCCGUGGGAGCCAGGGCGCAGCAGGACCUCUGGGGCAGAAGGCAUGACUCCUCCCUGCCCCAAUUGUUCCGUCUUUCCUGGAGAGCUGUCCUCAGGUGGUUCAGGGAGCCCCAUGGUCUGCAAUGGCAGCGUGGUCAAUGGAAGCUUUGACCCCGAGGACCUGAACCUGACUGACGAAGCCCUGAGGUUGAAGUACCUGGGCCCACAGCAGUUAGAGCUGUUUGUGCCCGUCUGUGCCAUGUACCUGCUGAUCUUUGUGGUGGGCACUGUGGGCAACGGGCUGACCUGCACCGUCAUCCUGCACCACAAGGCCAUGAAAACGCCCACCAACUUCUACCUCCUCAGCCUUGCUGUGUCUGAUUUGCUGGUGCUCCUGGUGGGCCUGCCCCUGGAGCUGUACGAGAUGCGGCACAAUUACCCGUUCCAGCUGGGGGCCAGUGGCUGCUACUUCCGGAUACUGCUCUUCGAGACCGUCUGUCUAGCUUCCGUGCUCAAUGUCACAGCCCUGAGUGUGGAGCGCUACGUGGCCGUGGUGCAUCCACUCCAAGCCAAGUCUGUGAUGACGCGGGCCCACGUGCGCCGCAUGCUGGGGGCCAUCUGGGUCCUCGCAGUGCUUUUCUCUCUGCCGAACACCAGCCUGCACGGCCUCAAGCAGCUGUACGUGCCCUGUCGGGGGCUGGUGCCCGACUCAGCUGUGUGCACUUUGGUGCGUCCCCGAGUCUUCUACAACUUGGUGAUACAGACCACCACACUGCUCUUCUUCUGCCUGCCCAUGGUUGUCAUCAGUGUGCUGUACCUGCUCAUUGGGCUGCGCCUGCACCGGGAAAGGAUGCUGCUCCAAGCCGAGGUCAAAGGCAGGAAAAGCGCAACGGCCCGGAAGACCUGCAGCAGAAAGCCUCAACUUCGAGAUAGGGGACGGAGACAGGUGACCAAGAUGCUAUUUGCGCUGGUCGUGGUGUUUGGCGUCUGCUGGGCUCCGUUCCACGCAGACCGCCUCAUGUGGAGCCUGGUGUCCCGCUGGACCGAGGGCCUGCUCCUGGCCUUCCAGUGUGUGCACGUUGUAUCUGGUGUCUUCUUCUACCUCGGCUCCGCAGCCAACCCAGUCCUCUACAGCCUCAUGUCCAGUCGCUUCCGGGAGACCUUCCGCCAAGCCCUAGGCCUGGGAACCCAAUGCCGUCGCCGCCAACGACGCGGUCAUGGCUCCCAUAACCUCAGCAGACUGACCACAGGCAGCACCCUGUAUGACUUGGGUUCCCGGAAUGGGGAUCCAGGAUUUCAGCAAGAAACAGAUCUCUCCUGAGUAAAAAAUCCCAAAGGAGGCUAACCCCCUAGGCCAGAGGGCCCCAGACAGUCUGGGGCUAUUGGGGUGAGCUUGGAAAGUCAGACCAGCACCCCAGUGACUCCCGCCCUGCCCACAUAUUUGAGUGUUGAGGGAAACAGCAAGAAAAAGAGGACUGAACCCCGAUUGUCAAAGACUCCCGUUGAGGUCCAGGCAAGCUGACUCAGCAGUUAAAGCUUGCUGCUUCCAGAGGACCUGAGUUCAGGUCCCAGCACCCACAUGGCAGCUCACAACCACCUGUAACUGCAGCUCUAGGUCAGCUGAUACUCUCUUUUGGCGUCUGAAGGCCCCACAUGUACAUAGCACACACUCAAAAACAAAAAACAAAAAUUCCAACUUAAAAAAAGAUCCACAAUGAGCCAGGCACCUCUGUAUAUCCAGACCCCAGACCCCCAGCUAAUUCUCUCCCACAGAACAAUCACAGUCACCUAGACCUCGGCAAUUGUCUCUCUGGGAUCCCCCCUUCCUCUCUAGUUCAUAGGUGUCUCCACUGGGGCCUAGCUGUCGUUCCGGUGACUUCUGGACUGCCACAGGCUCUCACCCACCCUUCCCUCCAGCUCGUGUGCUACACACACUUGGGGCCAUCUUCUCACCACGACCCUUCCUGGCUUCUCAUGCUGCACUGAAAUCUGAGCCUGAUGGAGCGGCCAGGUGGCAGAGGUUCCCAGGGACCCCGGGGACCUGGAUCUAAUCUCCACCGUUAUCACCAACUUGUGGCUUUGUGGCAUCAAGCGAAUCAUCCCGCCUUCCUAGGCUCUGGUUCCUUGUUUGCAAAGUGAAAACGGUGUGCUGAGACGCCAGUGUCGCCCUUUGGUGCUGUGUUCUCAUCUGUGUGCACAAAAACCAACCACUGGCGGCUUCACAUUAUCUGUAUCACUCCCGGACCCCGCUUUCCCUCCGACCCUCACAUGCCGCGGCUCCAAGCCGUCCAGGGCAGGGCCAACCUGUGAGCAGUGGCCUUCCUCACCUGCAGACAGGCCGACCUGGCAGCCGCAGAUGAGCAAAGCACCCUGUCAGCCAGGGGAUCUCUGGAGGAAGAAACAGGCUCACCAAGGACCAGAGGAGGCCAUGCAGCGGCAGUGUGUCCUUGUCAACUUAACACAAACUAGAGUCGGCUGGGGAGGGGAACAUCAGUUGAGGAAUUACAUCCAUCAGACUGGUCUGUGGGAUCCAUGACUAAUGACUGGUGUGGCAGGGCCCUGCCCACUGUGGGUGGUGCCGCUCCUAGGCAGGUGGUCCUGGGUUGUCUGAGAAAACAGGCUGAGCAAGCUAUGGGGGAGCAAGCCA